GCGCGCGCCUCUCUCCUUCCUCCUCCUCCUGGCGGCCGCUGCCCCGGCAGGGAUGGAGGCCAUCGAGGAUCUGGCGCUCAAACCCUGCACCUCCUCCAUCUACCUGCGGCCUUACCGCCUCUGUUACAGACAGGAAAAGGAUGAGGACAUGACCACCAUUAUGGGAAUCAGAUUCCUGUUGAGUCUCUCAAAAUUGAGAGAGACAGGAUUCUAGGAAAGAUGGACAUCUCAUCUGACCUGAUACGACUUUCUUAUGCAAUUUGUGCUUAUAAUGGCACUAAGAAGGUCUGGGAUUUUAUGAAGAUACAUGACAGUGUGUCAAUCCUGAUCUUUAAUACUUCUCGGCAGUGCUUUGUUCUGGUGAAGCAGUUCCGCCCAGCUGUUUACAUGUGUGAAGUAGGAAAGCAUCAUCCUCAACUUUUUCAGAAUCAGGACAAUGAGAGCUUCUCUCGUCUAGAGGAUCCCUUACCUGCUGCAGUAGGAGUGACCUAUGAACUCUGCUCUGGCAUUGUUGACAAACCAGACCUUUCUUUAGAAGAAAUUGCAUGUGAGGAAGUCUUAGAAGAAUGUGGCUAUCAUGUUGCUGUUACAGACCUAAGGAAAAUCACUUCUUACAGGUCUGGAGUUGGUGUGACAGGUUCUAGCCAGACAUUAUUUUAUGCAGAAGUCACAGACCAGAUGAGAAUUGGGGAAGGAGGUGGCCAAGCUGAAGAAGGCGAGCUGAUUGAAGUUGUAGAAAUACCUUUAGAAGAGUCCAUGAAGUUUGCUUAUGAUGAGACUCUCCAGAAGACGAUGGGCGUCAUCUUCAGCUUCACAUGGUUCCAAGACAACAUAGCACCCAAGCUACGGAAAAAAUAAAAUCAAAGCACCUCGAUUGCAAGAAAAGCUUUCCAACUGGUUCUGUGGAUACAGAAAACUGCAAAUCUGAUCAUCAUGUCUUCUCAUGGGGCAAAUCUUUCUGGAAAUAAAUUUAGAAACAAAAUCUCAAUUAAAGUCCUGACCCAGUUUCCAUCAUUAGCAAAACACUUGCUGGCUUCACUGGGGCCAGGAUUUGCCUCUGAGGCAAAUGUGAGUUUUUGCACAAAAGUCAAAUUAAUGUGUUCCAUUCUUUUUCAUGGCACUGUGCUGCCACUAUUUUGAAGACUCACUCAGGACCUUAGUGCAGCUGCUGUGUGAGCCUGUCACUGGGGUCUGUACAUACUGGCAACUGUGUGUUCACUGUAGUUUCUGACAUUUUUUGGGGUGGAAGCAGCAAAGCUUAAUAAUCACAGAUACAAUUACUACCUUCCUGAGUAAUGCACAGCUUUUGGGGAGUAGCUUUCUCUGUGGUGUGUAGCUCCUGUACAGAGAUGUUUGCAUUUCUCAACAUGCAGACCUUCAUCUUACAAGCAAAUGUGUCUGUAAAUCCUUCUGCUAAUGUGUCAUUUUGACAAUAGACCAGCUGUAAGAUUAUGUGCUUCUGUGUGUUCCCACUAUAAUGCUGAGCAGCAGUGAUGGUGAUGGAUGAAUGAUGGGGGCUUCUACUAGAACACAUGCUGCUUUGUUUGUUUUAUGGGUUAUAGUUGCUUAUGAGACCAAACUUUGUCCUCAAAAGUGGGACUAGAGAGGGCAAAUUCUUUUAAUUUGUCUCUGCGGUGACUAAUACAGGUGAUUUCAGUGGUCUCGGUUUCUGUCACCCAAAUGGGAAGAAUGAAACUUACCCCUUAGAUAAUGUGCCUUGAAACCUAAUGAUCAGAAGUGCUUUACUUCUCAUCAUUUGUGCAGAUUACACUGAAGCCCAUGCAACCUGCACAGACAUACUAAGCAACACAAUUUGAUUUAACAAAGUGGUCUAAUUAGAACGUAUGUUACUUCUAGCAGCGUAGCUUAGAUGUGGAAUAUUUGUCAUGUGAAACUUAAGAGCAUGAAUGAAAGAGAAUCAAAUCUGGCAGUUUAAUGAUGCACUGGUUUAUAUUAUUCACUGACUUAAUGCUAAUUAACAUGCCUACAUUAUAUGUCCUCCUAGGAUUGCUGAGGUACUAAUUAUGUUUAGAAGAUGAGCACUGUGAAUACAUGAACUUUCAUAUAGCAACUAGUAUAAAUGCAGUACAGAUACCUGAUGGUAUCCAGUGGCUGAUUUAAAAUCACUGCAUAUCUAAAUAGCCUUAUAAAUAAAUAAUUUCUUUUUUAAAAGCUUUUAGAACUGGUGCUUGCUGGUUCCCCUACUAACAGGGAGGAAAGGUCCUUGGAAAGCCACUGAAGAAAGAGCAGCCUUUGCCUGUGGGAGUCAUAUCUGUGUGAAAGUUCAGACACAUUUGUGUCAAACUGUGCCUGGUCUGUGGUGAGUCAAGGGCUGAGUUACUGUGAAAAGCAAAUAAAUUCUGUCUGUCCAUGUAUUUACACUGGAAGUUGUUUUAGGGAGGGAUCUCCACUGCUCCAUGUCUUUAUAGUGUCUAGUACUAUGUGUUCUGGUUGCUGCUGGGGCCUCUGUGAGCUACUACAAUGUGUGUAAUAAAUAAUGUCCUUCAUUCCA